GUUUGUGUAAGUGUGACGCGUGUAAGGUCCAAGUACUGGUUCAGGUUUCCGACGAUGUCUGCUGUUUGGUGCGCGAGGUCGACGUGAGCUGUAAGCCGGCGCUUCAUCGUAAGAUGUAUUACUUAGACGUUUCUCUAGAAAUUGCAUCAGAUUCCGAUCUCACAGUGUCACCCGUAUACAUCAAGAAGAACAUUUUGGAAGCCGUUCGGUCGCUGUUCGGCGAGGAGGGAGCCAAGAGCCCCGUGGACGUUUUGAAACUCUGUCCCGCAGAGCGCAGAUUUAUCCUGCGUUGUGAGCACGACGGUUACGUGCGGCUGCGAGCGAGCCUGACUCUGAGCACGACGUACGAGGGGAAUACGUGCGUGUACACGGUUCACCGGGCGUCGCCGAAUUUACUGUCGUUCACCGCCGACAGUAGAACGUAUCGGCACGGAGAGAUCUCUCUCGCAUGAGCCUUCGCCAUGCCACUGAUACGCAAGGAGGGCAAG